AUGAGCUCGCUCAGCGCACCGGCAUACGUCCCCCCGCUGCCUCAUGCGCUGUUGCAUGUGCUCCUGUUGCUGCAGCUGUUCCUCCUGUUGCUCGUGGCAACAACCACCGUGAAAGGAGCGAACCGAAACUCCGCCUGCACCCUCCCCAUUACGAAGAAAAAACACCACCAUGCCAAAUUAUUUUUCGGAUGGAAAAAUAAUCACAUGAAUUUUCUAGGGAGAAAAAAAAUUAUCAAUUACACAAGAGGAUUAUUUUUUAUAAAUGCUAAUAGAAGAGGUCACUACCUUGGGGGAAGAAACAAUAACAAACGUUUCAUCCUGCACAGCUAUAGCACGACGAGGAGGAAGAUGCAGGACGAAGCUUACGUUAGUUACUUGAAGAAGUAUGUUGUUGAUGAUAGGGAGUUGGGGCAGGCGGCUGUGGGGGACGUACACAAUGGGAUCAGCAGCAGCGGCGGCCACCUCCCCCCAGAUGGGGCUCUUGAAAUAGAAGAGCUGAUAAAAAAGAGUAUGAGGAAGGAAGAAGAAGAGCUGUUCGCGUUCCUUCAAAAGGUAAACGAGACAUACAAGCUGCAUUCCACCCUGAGGGUAGUGGGGGGAUGGGUACGAGACAAAUUCCUGGGCAUCUCAAAUGAUGACAUUGACAUCACAGUGGAUAAUAUGAAGGGCUCGGAAUUCUGUAAUUAUAUAAAGCAAUACAUACAAGAAAAAGAAAAAAAAAAUUUUAAUUUUGGUAUUAUAAAAAUAAACUCAGAUCAAUCUAAACAUUUAGAAACAUCCAGUUUUCAUUUGUUUAAAUUUCAAGUGGACCUUGUUAAUUUAAGAAAUGAAAAAUAUACAGAGAACAGUCGCAUCCCUGAAAUAAUUAUUGGUACUCCAGAGGAAGAUGCAUUGAGGAGAGACUUCACUGUGAAUUCACUUUUUUAUAAUUUGAGCAAUCGUCGAGUGGAAGACUAUACUGGACGGGGAAUUCUGCAUUUAAAAAAUAAAAUUAUUUGUACACCACUUGACCCUUUGUCUACCUUUCUCGAUGACCCUCUUCGAAUAAUCAGGUGCAUUCGAUUUUGUGGGGUUUUUAAUUUCUUCGUGGAAAAAUCAAUCUUUGAUGUUUUAAAAAAUGAACAAAUUAUAAAAGCUUUUAAAAAGAAAAUUUCCAGAAGUAGACUCUCCACUGAAAUUCUGAAAAUAUUUUCCAAGAGGUGUGAAAAUAUUGUUCUGUCUUUGACCUUGUUAAAUUAUAGUUCCUAUGCGAAAGAAAUUUUUUCUUUACCAGAGAACUGCUUGGUGAAGGAUGAGGAGGUGUUUGAAAAGCCUAGGCGGAAGGGUGACAAGGGGAACAAGAAGGGAGCAGACCUCCUUGUGGGGGAUGCGCUAGUGCCUGGCUCCACCGUGCCAGCUGCCACGAAGAAGCUGCACGUCGGCGAUGACGUCAACGCGGUGAAUAACGUUGCGGCGAACGGUGCAGCCCCCAAUGGGGGCCUGCACUCAACUGGAAUGCAAAACGGAAAUGUGCACUCCGACAACGGGGGGAUCCAUCACGACGAAGACCACACACAAGGGACGUUUGUCAACGCCUCCCCUAGGGAUGAAAGCAAAAUGGACAGCAUGACAAACAAGAUGGAAACGGGGGCGUAUUCCGAACAAGGGGAAUCCCCCCAAACGAGUGAAGAUGGAGAAACUGACUGGUAUGCGGAAGGACUCCAAUACAUAAAAUUUUUUAAGGACAUUGAAAAGAACAACUUGUUAAGGGAAACCUUCCCCGAACUGGAUUAUCAUGAAAAUGUGACCAACGUGCAGCUCUGCUUGUACCUCCUGCCGCUAAAAAAUCACCACGUGCAUGUAAAAAAGGGAGGAAAAACUGAACCGGUCGUCGAUUUCAUAAUUAGGGAAUCCCUAAAAUUUCCACUCAAGUAUGGAAAAUUCUGUGUGCAAAUAUAUGAAGGGUUUAGCAGCCUGUACAAGCUAUACAAAAACAUGGACGUUUUUAAUUUUUUAAAAAAUAGCACUUGUGAUGGGAACAACACUGCACAAAUUAUUGGGGACGUUGCGUUGUUCCUCAAAAGUGUUGGAGAGAAAUGGGACUUGCUGCUUUUAAUUUUUUUUGUCUUCCACAAAUAUAAGGAGGUGAAUAAAAUGUUCGUGACCACCAUCACCGCAGACGUGUACUUGUCCGACUUCGUCAAAAAGCUGUACCAGUAUAUUUUAAAAAAUAAAUUGCAGUCAGCUUAUAACGUCAAGCCGUUUCUCAAGUGGCCGGACAUUCGGCACAACUUCCCGCAUCUCUCGCCCAACAGAAUCGGCGAGGUGUACGAGCAAAUUAUUCGGUUUUCCUGCAUCCACGGAGAGAACGAAGCCAAGUGUAUCGAGUUUUUAAAAGACCACUUCAAGGAGUAG